UUGGCUCGACAGAAACAAAAAAUUAUUCCAUCUCAGGAAGCAAGAGGAACAGCUCGUAAAAUAGUAACAGAGAGCACAGACAGCUCUCCAAAAACCGAAAUAACUACAACAAAGUAUGUGGAUCGCCUGACAGACGCUCGAGCCUGUUUGCAAAAGGCCAAAUUACACCUUAGCAACUCUAGAAACCUGAGGACUGACAUUAAAAUGGAAGUCACUCAGGUAAUAGAGAGACUUUAUCAAUUAGUGAAAGAAGCAGAAACAGAUAGAGUGACAUAUGCGAGUGUAGUGGCUGGGCCACAAAGGGGCUUACUUUCAGAAAAAACGGCAAUGCAUUCGGUGAUAAUUACAUCCAAUGAUGAAAAAGAAACAGGAGACGAGGUGAUGGAUAAGAUAAGGAAAGCAAUAAAUGCUAAAGAGGAAAGACUAAAAAUAGACAAGAUUAGGAAGGCAAGGGACAGAAAGGUAAUAGUGGGAUGUCGAACAGAGAAGGAAAUAAGUAGAGUCAAGGAAAGACUAAAGAUGGCAGGGAAAGACCUAAAUGUAGACUAUAUACAAAAUAAGGACCCACUCAUAAUCCUGAGGGAUGUCCUACAGUAUAACACAGAUGAGAAAAUAGAAAAGGCUAUAAGAAUGCAAAAUAAACAUCUUUUUAAAGACGUAUUAAACAAGGAUGAUAGAAUGGAGGUCAAAUACAGAAAAAAGACCAGAAACCCGCACACAUCGCACGUGGUUGUUAGAGUCUCACCUCAAAUAUGGAACCGCCUAAUAAAAGCUGGAGUUAUCCAUAUUGAUCUUCAACGAAUCAGAGUAAUGGAUCAGUCCCCUCUGGUUCAAUGUUCGAAAUGUUUAGGAUAUGGACAUAGCAAAAGAACAUGUACUGAGACGAGUGAUGUAUGCUGUCACUGUGGAGGACCACAUCUAAAAUCUGAAUGUGCGGAAUGGUUAUCUGGAGGACCGCCAGUAUGUAAAAACUGUGACAAGGCAAAUCUCGACAAAAAAGAGCAUAAUGCCUUCAGCGCAGACUGUCCAAUAAGGAGGAAAUGGGAAGCCCUGGCAAGGUCUACAGUAGCAUACUGCUAG